AUGAGAAGCCUCAUGAAACUAAGUCUGUUGGCGAGCGUCGGUGUAGCCGCGACGACUGGAGAUGGUGAUGGUGUCAGUGGCGCACUCCCAAUAUCAUUUCUUGCCUCGAUUUAUCUGUACUCACCUUCACGCAGCGUACUCAAGCCCGCAGUAGUCACCACCCCGCAACCAGACAGCGACCUUUCAAUCAUCGGUCCGCGACUGAUCAUAGCCUGGCCAGCCGGCAACAGCGGCGCAUGUGUCUUCUUCGAGCCGGAGAAAGGUGCAAACGGCACCCUCUCUAUCGAGCUGGUAAACUCAACUGUCGGCACUCCUCUAGGACCUGUUUAUUCUACCGCAGCGUCUACCUCAAACGAGAACCCUAGUGUAGGCAUUCAGGGAGUUCUCCGCUUCAACGCCACCGCAACCCUCACCAUCCCAAUCCUGGGCAGCAUCCGCACGAUCCGCGACUUCGUCGAGGGACCCAGUCUCCUCUAUCCGGAGAUCCAAGACGCAAUCAAGUAUACCUCAGACAGCCACGGGGGUGUAUCACUGCAAAGACUCUGGCUGGACAAUGUGACUACAACGAAUCUGAGGUUCCAGCCCUUCCAGAAUGCAUCCUUCGCGAAUAGCAGUGGUAGUGGUGGCCAAGUCAAACUCUCAGAUCAAACCGUGACUUUCGACGCGGGAGAGUACCUUUUCUCAGCGGAUAUGAACUACCCCCAGUUGACAACGCUGAAGCCUACUUCCGUGCUCAAUGCGCCUUCUGCAAAUCUCGAUACCGAAAAGCCUGCUCAGGUUGCCGCGCUGUCGUUUCUUUCGUAUUCGGAGAAAUUGCUUGCUGGUGCGUGGCGUUUCUUUACUUAUUUUGGACGGGACUCCAUGAUCUCUGCGUUGUUAUUGGAGCCCGUCUUGAGUAGUGAUCAGGGGGGCGCCAUGGAGGCUGUUAUUGGGGCUGUGUUGGAGCGCGUCAAUCGGACAGAUGGAACUGUUUGUCAUGAGGAAACGAUUGGAGACUAUGCAACUUGGACGAAUGCACAGGAAAACAUCACCAGUAGUGCGAUGGGCUGUGAUUAUAAGAUGAUCGAUUCCGACUAUUUCCUCCCCAUCUUGAUGGAGCGGUAUUUCUUACAGAACCCAGUCGGACAGAACAGAUCCACUUCUUUCUUCAAUACCACUGCAGGCAGUAUCAACGCUGCCAAUGCAAACCUCACAUGGGGCAACUUGGCAUUGAUCAGCGCAGAAAGAGUCAUGCGCCUAGCUCGUCCAUUUUUCCACAAUCAGACCACAGAGAACCUCAUUCAUCUGGGUGAAGGACAGGUGGUCGGCCAGUGGAGGGAUAGCACCUACGGUCUUGGUGGAGGCCGCAUUCCAUACGACGUAAACACAGCGCUCGUCCCCGCCGCCCUACGCGCAGUUGGGGCCCUAGCCCGGUCGGGCCUGUACCCAAAGCAGCGCCACUGGGAUGUUCUAGCCGACCAAUACGCCAAAGUAUGGGAAAAUUCAACACUGGACUUAUUCUCUGUCACAAUUCCAAAGAAAAAAGCCCAGUCUCUCGUUAAGAGCUACGCCCACUCCUCAUUUCCGGGCCCAGACCAAGCAUCCAGCAUUGACAGCGACAUUCAUUUUUACGCAGUGGCUCUGGAAGGGAAUAACAACCUCUCAAAAGUCGAGGUUAUGAAUACCGACGACUGUUUCCGGCACUUUUUAUUAAAUACCACGAACGACGCACAGCUGACUAAGUUUCUUAACCAGUCCGCGACGAAUAUCAGGCGAACUUUCCCGGCAGGUUUGAUGACGGGUGCUGGGAUGGUUGUUGCCAACCCCGCUUUCGGGAAUGACCCUGUCUAUGCGCGGAAUUUCACCACGGGCGCUUAUCAUGGAACUGUUAUUUGGUCCUGGCAGUUGGCCAUGAUGGCUAAGGGCUUGGAGAUGCAGCUGGGGAGGUGUGGGAUCGAGUCGAACUUCUCCAUUCCUUCUGCUCCUUCGGCUGCUCCCCGUCUGGCCGGUAAGAUGCGCACGAAAACGAGUCAAAAGAAACAGAUCCCAUUGCCUGUUCCGGCCUUCUGCACUGACGAUUCGGUCUAUUACAACGCCAAGAACGCAUACAAUGUUCUUUGGGACUCUAUCGAGGCUAACUCGGAUCAGCUCUCGAGUGAGGUCUGGUCUUGGGUCUAUCGUGGUGGUAAAUUUGAGGUUACGCCCUUGGGGGUAUUGCCUGCUCCGCCUGGAGUGGGUGGUCAAACUGAAUCGAACAUCAGGCAGCUGUGGUCUCUGGCCUUUUUAGCUGUGAAUAGGAACCAGAACUAUAGGUGA